CAGGAGUUGACAAAUAAAUGUAAGCAUGAACUCUUCUUAGCACAAGAAGUUCCAUGGCUCUAAUUACCAGUGUAAGGAGACUCCAUCGCCUAUAUUUACGCUUCCCUCACUCCUCUCCAUCCCUCAUUUUCAUCCCAUCAACGCCUCUGCCUUUCCCUGCAACUCAUUUAUCUCGAGCAUUUCACCGAACACCUCACAGACCAGUUGAGCACGCGCCUCAUUUCGAAAAUUCUUACCAAAUUGUCGACUUUUCUAAACAAUUGGACGAAAUCAAACAAGAAACUCAGUUGGAACUCCGUGGAAUCCUCGAAAGAGCUGAAAAAGCCAAGGAUUUUGCUUCCGGUGAUGAAGCCAUAGCCUUUCUCGACGGCUCCGGUGUCAAGCCCGAUAAUGAUUUAAUAUUUUCAGCUAUUUGGGCUUUGAGGGAUGAUUGGAAGUUGGCGUUCUUGGCGUUCAAAUGGGGCGUGAAAUGGGAUUGUGUGGUCCAGAAGACUUGGUCUUUGAUGGUGUGGUUGCUGGGCAACCAUCAAAAGUUCGGCACGGCCUGGACUCUGAUUCACGAGCUUCAUCGUGAUUCCAAGGAUACCCAACAGGCGAUGAUGAUUAUGAUCGACCGAUACGCUGCUGCAAAUUACCUAGACAAGGCCGUGCAGACAUUCCAUUUGAUGCAAAAAUUCAAGUUUACGCCCGAACAAGACACGUACCUCACAUUCUUGAACAUCCUUUGCAAGCAUGGAAACAUUGAAGAGGCCGAACAGUUCAUGUACCUCAACAAGAAGUUCUUCCCGUUGGACUCAAAGGGCUUUAACGUAAUUCUCGACGGCUGGUGCAACACAGCAAGAGACAUAGUCGAAGCCAAGAGGGUCUGGCGUGAAAUGUCCAAAUGCUGUGUCAUGCCUGAUGCUACUUCUUACACGCACAUGAUCUCGUGCUACUCAACUGCACGCAAUCUAUUCGAGUCUUUAAGAUUAUAUGACGAGAUGAAGAAAAGGGGGUGGGUCCCAGGUGUCAAUGUCUACCAUUCGUUGAUUUAUGUGCUGACUCGUGAAAAUUGCCUAAACGAAGCUCUUAAAAUAGUAGACUGGAUGAAAGUGGCCAGUUUUAAGCCGAAUUCGACCACUUAUCACCUUGUAAUAUGUGCCCUUUGCGAAUCUUUGAAAUUUGAGGAUGCAAGAAAUAUUUUGGCUCGAAUGAUAUCAGAUGACCUCAGCCCAACAGUUGAGACUUAUCAUGCUCUGUUGAAGGGCGAGAGCUUAGAAGGGACUUUGGGCGUGCUCGGCUAUAUGAGGAAAGCAGGUUUGGGCCCCAGCAAAGAUACGUUUUUUAUUGUUCUUGAUAAGUUCUUAAAAGAGGGCCAGCCCAAAAAUGCGCUAAUGAUAUGGUAUGAAAUGAAGGAGUACGACGUGAAACCUGAGUGCGGGCAUUACCUGGUUUUGGUAGAAGGGUUGGCGAAAAAUGGGUUGCUCGAGAAAGCCCGAGAAAUUUACUCUGAGAUGAGAUGUGUUUCAACAUUCGAUGAUCCGUCGCUAAAGAAGCUUCUAGAUGAACAGGAAGUUUGUGGGGGAAAAGGUAAACGGGAAAUGACAGUUGUGAGGAAUAUAAAGAAGGGCAAAGGUUUACGGUGUAGUAGAAAUCGAAUAAGUAGUGGGGCAAGGAGUAGAAAAAAAAGGCCAGCAGCUACGAGAAAAUAAGUGGGAAUUGUGAAAGAGAGGAAAAAAAAAAAACUAAUUCUGGAAAAAGGUCAUUUUCUUGAAAGAGCACCGGUUCUUUUGUUAGCUUGAGAAGAGUCCCAGAGUUGGUGGUCACUCUCACUUAGUAUUUGAUAAAAUGAAACCUGUAUUAGCA